AUGAACGUUACUACAGUAUUAGCGUCGUGUUUGUUGGUUAUGUUCGUCGGUUGUUCAUCAGUUUUCGGUGCGAACAAUGCGACGGAUUUGGCCCGGUAUUUGACUAGGUUCGGCGACAUCAACCUGGACCAGGCGCUCCACAACGAACGCGGCAUGUAUAAUCACAUCAAGUGUUUCCUCAACGAGGGUCCAUGCGUCCAAAUGUCCAGAGACUUGAAAAGUCAUUAUAUAUAUGUAUACAAAUAUAUAUAGUAAAUAACACGAUAAUUAUUUUAGGAAAUCGAUAAAAAAUCUUCAACUAAGAACGUUAUUCCCCUACCUAAUUCAAUUCAGCUAAAAAAUUUUCUAAAAUUGUUUAUACAAAAAUAUUGAUUUUUAUCAUAAUGCACAAAGUCGUGCAGUUUCGAUAUCUGCUACCAAUCUCCUUUACCCCUCACCCCUCCUCGAUGAAGUCUUUACGAUUGUCCGCAGUCGUAUGUUUUAAUUUGAGAAUUAAUUUUUUUUUUUUUUUCAGGGAUAUUUCCGGUCUUGAGCAAGAGUGGGUGUAUCGGAUGUUCCGAUGAACAAAUCGAAUCCAUCAAAACUUCACUGAGUGUCUUAAAGAAGAAAUGGUCAAAAGAAUGGGACCGAAUCGUCCAUAUGUACGAUCCUCCGUCCGGUGCCAAUCUUGAAAGAUUCGUCAACUAA